AGAAUCACAUGAGGGAGGGGAAGUAAUAAUAAUUUAGUAAGCUGGAUGCCAGUAUCCGAGUCUCCUCAUCUCCUCUCAUUCUCAUCUUCUGUUUCUGUUACUUUCUUUGGUAGAUGUGCCGAUAGGACCGCAGCAUCUUUCCUGGUCAGAGUUGCAUUUGAAGUAGAAAAACAGAGGGAUAAAUAUAGGAACAAUGGCUCAAGCGGCGCAACUAGCUAUCCUGAGCGUGUCUGACAAGAAGGGUCUGGUGAGCUUCGCGACCAAGCUGCAGGCCCUGGGCCUGCGGCUGGUGGCCUCAGGGGGCACGGCUAAGCAGCUCAGUGCCGCCGGCCUUGAGGUCGUUGAAGUGGCCGCCAUCACAGGCGCCAACGAGAUGCUCGGCGGAAGAGUCAAGACCCUGCACCCUGCCGUCCAUGGAGGCAUCUUGGCCAGAACGAUUGCGUCUGACCUGGAGGACCUGGCAAAGAACAAGAUCGAGUUGGUCAGGGUGGUUGUGUGCAACCUGUAUCCAUUCAGUGAGACGGUGGCUAAACCAGAUAUUGGCAUUGCCGACGCUGUUGAGAACAUCGACAUCGGUGGCGUAACCCUUUUGAGGGCGGCGGCCAAAAACCAUGAGCGGGUUACUGUAGUUUGCGACUCCAAUGACUAUGACAAGGUGCUGCAUGAAAUGGAGCAGAGCGGUGACCAAGACACCUCUCUUGACACAAGGCGAUCACUUGCACUUAAGGCUUUCACACACACGGCUGACUAUGACCUGGCCAUCUCUGACUUCUUCCGGCGGCAGAAGUUCUCAGCGGCAGGUGCCAGCCAGAUCAGCCUGCGCUACGGCAUGAAUCCGCACCAAAAGCCUGCGCAGCUGUUCACCACGGGGCCGAAACUACCCCUGGAGGUCGUGAAUGGCUCUCCCGGCUACAUCAACCUGUGCGACGCCCUGAAUGCCUGGCAGCUGGUGAGGGAGCUGGACACAGCCCUUGGUCUUCCCGCGGCCACCUCCUUCAAGCAUGUCAGCCCUGCUGGCGCCGCUGUGGCUGUACCCUUGUCUCUUGAGCAGGCCAAGCUGUGUCAAGUGGAUGACAUGAUGGGCACUCUUACUCCGCUAGCCACUGCUUAUGCCAGAGCUCGAGGAGCGGACAGGAUGUCCUCCUUUGGUGACUUUGUUGCCCUGUCGAGACCCUGCGACCUGCCAACGGCCCAAAUCAUUUCUCGAGAGGUUUCAGAUGGCAUCAUCGCUCCUGGCUACUCUGCGGAGGCGCUGGAGGUGCUGAAAAAGAAAAAGGGUGGCAGUUACUGUGUGCUGCGUAUCGACCCUGAGUAUGAGCCCGCCCUGAUGGAGCGUAAAGUUCUCUUCGGCCUCACUCUUGAACAGAGGCGCAACGAUGCCAUCAUUGACAAGAAUCUCUUUACCAACAUUGUUAGCAAGAAGAAAGAGUUGCCUGAGGAGGCGGUGCGGGAUCUGAUUGUGGCCUUGAUCGUGCUCAAGUACACUCAGUCCAACUCGGUUUGCUUUGCCAAGGACGGGCAGGUCAUUGGCGUUGGUGCUGGACAACAGUCGCGCAUUCACUGUACACGUCUGGCUGCAGAAAAGGCAGAUAACUGGUGGCUGCGUCUUCACCCUAAGGUGCAAGGACUCAAAUUCAAGCCUGGCACAAAGAGGGCAGAAAAAGCAAAUGCUAUUGACAACUAUGUGGGGGCAACCGCUGACAAGGGUUGGCUGAGCACAAUCGAUGGCCCCGCGCCUGCUGAGCUGACUGCUGAGGAGCGUCGGCAGUGGGUGGCCAGCUUGAGUGGCGUCUGCCUCGGCUCAGACGCCUUCUUCCCCUUCGCAGACAACAUCAACCGCGCCAAACUGAGCGGAACUUCGUUUGUGGCCAGUCCAUCUGGCUCGAACAAUGAUGCGGAGGUAAUUGCCGCUUGUGAUGGUCAUGACAUCACUCUGGUGCACACAAAUCUGCGCCUCUUCCACCACUAACCGUGUGAAGGCUGAGGGAUUCAGGCCGAAAAACGUGCCAUUAAAAGCAUAUCAAAAUACGAUUUAAAUCAAAAAGGUGUUGGGUUCACAUGGAUUAUGGGAGUAAAAAAUAUUUUUGUAAAACUUUAGAUAAUUAAAUUUGGUGAAACAACUAAUCAAAGAAAACAA